AUGGCCCCCUCCACAGCCGCCUACCCCACGCCCACGCUCAGAGAGAAGCUCGACCUGCUCCCGGCACUGGGAUCCCUCGUCUUCACCACCAUCUCAGCGCUGCUGACAGGAUGGCGGCGCGGGCCCGACGAUGAGCCCUCGCUGUACCUGCACGUCGUGUACGCCGCGGUGCGCAAGCUCGUCGUCCGGCUGUCCUCGCCCCAGCAGCAAUGGGUCUUCCCCGACACAGACGCCGUGUACAAGCACCAGGCGGCGUCGUUCAAGCUCACCCCGCGCACAGUCGAGCUCCGCCACGGCGCCAAGGGCCACUGGAUCGGCGACCCGGACGCCAGGUGCGUCCUCGUCUGGUAUCACGUCCGCAAAACAGGCGGCGGCUUCAACCUCCCCGCGCUCAACGGCCACCUCGCCUUCUUCAUGACGCUCGUGCGGGCGCGCGCGGACCUGGCCGUCUUCUUCCUCGCCUACAGCCUCGCCCCGGCGGCCACGUACCCCGCGCAGCUGCGGCAGGCGGUCGAGGCCCUGAGGUACGGUGCGGCAGGGGCGCGCCGGCCCUCGCGCGUCGUCGUCGGCGGCGACUCGGCCGGCGGGAACCUCGUCGCCGGCGUGCUGUCGCACCUGGCGCACCGCCACGCCGAGAUUGACGACCUGUCGCUGGCCGAGCCCCUCGCCGCCGCGGUCAUGAUGGCCCCCUGGACCGCCCUGGACGGGCAAGUCCUGCUGAGCCCCUACAAUGGCGCCGACGUCCUCGAUGCCCCGGCCCUGAAGUACUGGGCGGAGAAGUACAUGGGCGCCCGCGCGCCGGACUACUACACCGACGCGUCGAGCGCGCCCGCCGACUGGUUCCGCGGGUUGCCCGUGGUGAGGAUACUGGUCUUGGCGGGCCAGAAUGAGAUCCUGCUGCCGAGCAUAAACGCCUUUGUCAAGACCCUCGAGGCUGGCUACGGCCCCGUCGAGUUUUACGUCGCGGAACGGGAGGCGCACAUUGCGCCCUUUGUGAACCUCAACUUCUAUUGUGGUGCGCCCACGGGGCAGGGCGACAAGUUGCAGUCUUGGCUGGACGCUUGGCUGGACGAGGUUGUUGCUUCGAGGAGUGAGACUGCCCAUUUGUGA